AUGUCUGUCAAGUUUGACAAGGUUGUCUCCCAUACAGUGGAGAAGGUGAAGGACAAAUCGAAGGAUGACCUCAUGCACAGAGUUGGAGACAGGCUGACCGGUGGAAGGUCGAAGGCUGGAUACUUGCAGGCGUACUUGGAGCAACUUCAAUCCAACCCUCUGCGUACUAAGAUGCUGACCUCCGGCACCUUAUUCGGCCUUCAAGAAUUUCUGGCCUCGUGGAUCGCGCAUGAUCGGAGCCAACAUGGCCACUAUUUCAACUCCAGAAUUCCCAAGAUGAUUCUUUACGGCUCCCUGGUCGGCGCACCGCUUGGCCAUCUCCUUAUUGGCAUCCUGCAAAAAAUAUUCGCAGGCCGUACCAGCCUGAAAGCAAAGGUCCUUCAGAUCCUGGCCAGCAAUCUGAUUAUCUCCCCAAUCCAAAACACCGUCUACCUGGCCUCCAUGGCCAUCAUCGCCGGGGCGCGAACAUUCCACCAGGUCAAGGCCACUGUCAAGGCCGGCUUUUUGCCGGUAAUGAAAGUCAGCUGGGUUACUUCGCCCCUGUCCCUGGCUUUCGCCCAGAAGUUUCUUCCGCAACACACCUGGGUACCAUUCUUCAAUAUCAUCGGCUUCAUUAUUGGUACAUAUAUCAAUGCCCACACCAAGAAGAAGAGACUUGAGGCAUUGAGGCGCAAGCAUUAUGGCUCUGGCAAAAGCGCAACAGGCCGACCAGAGGAUUAUCCACGACGGGAUUAA